AUGCCUGCCAAAUCCCUGGUCAAGGUUGACCUUUUUGCUGUUCACAAAGAGUAUCUUAUUCCCGCCAUCGCGCGAACGAUUCAACUUGCUUUCUCUUCUGAUCCUUUGAUCCAAUGGCUGAGGCCGAAUGCUGCAUCAUGGGCUGAACAGGAUACAGGCAGAUGGAGCUGGCAAUAUCGACGUAUCCAACGUAUAAUAUUCGAGGGCGAGGUAUUCAAAUCUGCCAACAUUAGACAAAUGAUCGACGAUUAUCCGAGAAAUAGAGAUCAAUUAUCGACAGAUACUCCCGUCCCUGAUAUUGACGCAUUGCCAGAGAAGGAUCCUGGAACACCUUUGCACGAAAACGAUGACGCCGGUGCUGUGGUCCUUCUGUUCCCACCGCCGGGGCGACGUCCCUGGUCCCUAUCGCGCAUAUGGUCCGCAUGCAAGUUGUGGUUAUUGAACCGGCUUACACCAGCGCGCGAUAAUGGAGCGAGAGACAAGCGCGUUGAAUUACUCCUCAGCAGACAUGAAGCCAGUGUGAAGUUAUUGGAGGCAAACUACUGUCGACAAAAGCUAUGGUAUCUUGAGGUUAUUGCUGUUCAUCCUUCACUGCAAUCACGCGGCUUGGGUGGGGGCGUGAUGAGAUGGAUCUUAGAAUACGUACACAAUGAGCCGUUAUACCUUGAAUGUACCCGAGCGGAAAACGUGGCGUUCUACGAGAACUUUGGGUUUCAAGUUGCUGAAGAGGUUGAACUAGUAGAUGGCGCGAGCCAAACCGGAGAGCAUGUGUUCAAACACUGGGUCAUGGUGCAUCCGGGAAAUUCAACAUUAUAA